GGGAAAGUAGUCACUCUUGGAGCAACCCUGAGCGAUCCUAGUCAUGUCCAGUUCCAUGGAAGUGUUUGAGGUGACGGUGCACACCUCACCUCUGCCUACGUCUGGAACCUACAGCCACUUGAUACUGCACCUGAUUGGCUCUGAAGGGGAAAGCCCACCCAUCACUGUCAACGCAGACAUGCAGCAUCUCCUGCCUGGCUCGGCAUGUGGGGUCAUCGUACGGAGCAACAGUCCUUUGGGUAAGGUGGUUCUGGUGAGGCUAUCGCUGAAGGCUCAGCCCGGCUUCCCUGACUUGGACUGGCACUGUGGCCUGGUGGAGGUCCUUAGGCUGGAAGAAGACUGGACGGGACCUCAGAAUGCAGAUGUGGAGGUUUUUCCUUGCCACAGGUGGCUGCGUUCAGUGGAUGGCGAUGUGGAGCUGCGAAGCGGGAGUUUGUGCUUGUUGAACUCGGAGACAGAGGAGAAGCUGAAAGUGCACAGACUCAAAGAGCUGCAGGAUAAACAGAAGAAUAUCCGAUGGCAAACGUUUGUCGAGGGGACUCCACACUGCUUGGAUGUGAAGACAGUGAAGGAGCUGGGGCCCAAUCUAAGCUACACACACAAUAGUCCAGGCAUCAGUAUCCAGUAUCUGAAGGGCUUCGCUGAGAGAGCUGAGUCCUGGAAAAGUUUCAGAGAGCUAGAGAUCUUACUCGCCCACGGUGGAGACCAGAACACUGCUGCCAGUAGGAAACCUAUUCAUCUCUCUCUCUCUCUCUCUCUCUCUCUCUCUCUCUCUCUCUCUCUCUCUCUCUCAGAGUUUGUGAAAGCCAAUUGGUUGGAGGACUGGUUCUUUGGCUACCAGUGUCUGAAUGGCUGCAACCCACUCCUGGUUCGCCGGAUACGUGCCCUCCCUCCCAAUCUGUGUGUAACCUCUGACAUGCUCCGCCCCUUCCUGCCUGAUGGCUCCUCAAUAGAAAAGGAGUUCGAGAAAGGGACCAUUUACUUGCUGGACUAUGAGGUGCUGGAUGGAGUUCCAGCCAACGUGAUCAAUGGAAAGCAGACCUAUCUGUCUGCCCCCCUCUGCCUUCUCCAUCUCAACCAGGAGGGACAGCUUAAGCCUUUUGCCAUUCAGCUGCAGCAGAAACCGGGUCCUCUGAACCCUGUCUUCUUGCCCUCUGACCCUGCCUGUGAUUGGCUGCUGGCGAAGAUGUGGGUGCGUAGUGCUGAUUUUCAGUGCCACCAGUUGGUCUCCCAUUACCUCAAGACCCACAUGACUGGGGAGGUGUUCUGCACUUCCACCCUCCGGCAACUUCCUGAAGUGCAUCCUCUGCACCAGUUACUGAUGCCGCAUAUCAGGUCAGUGCUGAAGAUAAACAUCCAGGCUAGGACUUCUCUACUGGUUCACAAUGGAGUUUUUGACAAGGCCAUUGGUUGUGGUCUGAAGGCGUUGCCUGUAUUGUUGUCUCGGGCUUCAUCGCGGCUUCAUUUCCGCUCUCUGUGUGUCCCUGAGGACCUGGCAGACAGAGGAGUGGAUGUACUGCCACAGUGCUACUACGCCCAAGAUGCUCUUAGAGUCUGGAACACACUCGACAAGUUUGUUGGGGGAUGGAUUCACCUUUAUUACAAUGGAGACCCAGAUGUGGCAAAUGACUCAGAACUGCAGAGGUGGAUCAGAGAAAUACACACACACAGCUUCAGUCAGCACCCAAACUCAGGUUUCCCGCUGUCCUUCCAGACCAAAGCAGAGCUCUCAACGUUUGUCACCAUGGUGAUCUUCAGCUGCUCUGCUUUACAUACUGCUGUGAACUUUUCUCAAUUGGACUUUAACCUAUGGAUGCCCAAUUGCCCACCCUCCAUGUGCCAGCCCCCUCCGCAGGUCAAGGGCACUGUGAAGGUGGAUGACAUUCUCUCCUUCCUCCCUGAUGUCAACUCCACCUGCAGCGUCCUCUCCACCCUGACCCUGCUGUCUCAACCUGCUAAGGGCUAUGUACCACUUUGCCACUACCGAGAGGUGGUCUUCAGAAGUGGCGCCCCCCUCAGCCUGGUUGAGCAGGUGCAAGCUGAUCUCAAGGCCAUUUCAAAUGACAUCACAGACAGGAACCAGAAACUUGAGCUGCCAUACCCAUACCUGUCACCUGACCACAUUGAGAACAGUGUAGCCAUUUAGAAGAAUACAGUGGUAACUUAAAUAGACCAAGUUUAUUAGCUAAAACACAUGGAAAUCGUUGUUACUCUCAGACAUGGUAGCUAAC